ACAUGCCUCAGACUCCACCGUUCACGGGGCAGCUGAACACCAGCAGCUACAACAAGAACCUGUACCAGAGCAAGGACGAGGGCUACCCCGGCCUCUACUACCAUGACAACAACCUGGCGUCCGGCUCCCUGGAGGCCCUCAUCCACCACCUGGUCCCGACCGUGGACUACUAUCCAGACAGAACGUACAUCUUCACCUUCCUGCUCAGUUCUCGUCUCUUCAUCCACCCGUAUGAACUCAUGUCCAAAGUGUGUCACCUGUGCAUGGAGCAGCAGCGACUUGGCGAUCCGCAAGCUGACAAGAUGAGAGUCAGGAAAAUUGCCCCCAAGAUCCUCCAGCUGCUGACGGAGUGGACGGAAACCUUCCCGUACGACUUCAGGGAUGAGAGGAUGAUGCGCAGCCUGAAGGAGCUCACCCACCGGCUCUCCAGCGGAGACGAGGUUUACAGGAAGGCGGUCGGUCAGAUGAGCCAGGGCCUGAUCAGGAGGCUGACGGUGCUCAGCCAAUACGAGGAGGCGCUGGUCAAGAUCAACGCCACGGCGGCCGAGAGGCUCACGGCUCUCAAGGCGAAACCUCAGGCGGCCAUACAAAGAGACAUGCUGUCCAUCUGCAACGACCCCUUCACCGUCGCCCAGCAGCUCACACACAUAGAGCUGGAGAGACUGAGUUACAUCGGACCUGAGGAAUUCGUCCAGGCCUUCGUACAGAAAGACCCUCUGGACAACGAUAAGAGCUGCUUCAGUGAUCACAAGAAGGCCAGCAACCUGGAAGCGUACGUCGAAUGGUUCAACAGACUGAGUUAUCUGGUGGCGACAGAGAUCUGUAUGCCUGUGAAGAAGAAGCACCGGGCUCGAGUCAUCGAGUUCUUCAUCGACGUGGCGCGAGAAUGCUUCAACAUCGGCAACUUUAACUCCCUCAUGGCCAUCAUUUCUGGGAUGAACAUGAGUCCGGUGUCUCGGCUCAAGAAGACCUGGAGCAAAGUGAAAACGGCCAAGUUUGACAUCCUGGAGCACCAGAUGGAUCCUUCCAGUAACUUCUACAACUACAGAACAGCGCUGAGAGGAGCCACGCAGAGAUCCAUCACGGCCAACAGCAGCAGAGAGAAGAUCGUCAUUCCUUUCUUCAGCCUGCUCAUCAAAGACAUCUACUUCCUGAACGAGGGCUGCGCCAACCGGCUGCAGAACGGGCACAUCAACUUCGAGAAAUUCUGGGAACUCGCCAAACAGGUGAGCGAGUUCAUGACCUGGAAGAAAGUGGAGUGUCCGUUUGAGAAAGAUCGCAAGAUCCUCCAGUACCUGCUGACGGCGCCAGUGUUCACCGAAGAUGCGUUGUAUCUGGCGUCGUACGACAGCGAAGGUCCUGAGAACAACAUGGAGAAGGACAGAUGGAAGUCUCUGAGAUCCACUCUGCUAAGCAGGGUCUAGACCUCGGAGGAAACCAGAACCCAGCAGGCGAGUCGACGCCGCUGUUGUCCAAACUCAGUAUCCCCGUGUUGGAAGGGGAACGACAAUCCGUACUUUGGCUGGCGAGGACUUUGUGUUCCCCCUCCGGCUUCAGAUUUCUACCGAGCUCUGCUUUUCCCGACCCUCUUGCUCUUCGUGCUGUAUAUUUCAGGACAGCUGUUUUUCAUCUCUUUGUACGACUUUAUAGUCCUUUUGUUGUUUUGCUUUUCUAAAAAAAAAAAAGUAAAGAAGUAACGCUACAACCCUUUGCGGUAAAAGAGGAGGCGCGUUUUUGGUCCCGGUGAACCUCCCGUGAGCGUUCAAAGUUGUUGGGGUCGUUGUUUCCCCGCCGUUUUUUUGUGUUUAUUUUCCACUGAAGCUUACGAUGUUAGCCGCUGGUUGGCUAACGCUAACAGAAACGCUACUUUUUCUCUGGUUCCACAAGCCAGCAUUCUCUGUACGGAGAAAAACCUUAACCCGCAACACUGUCCACCAUUAAGCUAACCGUCGUUUGUAGUCACCUCCCUUUUUGUAUCUUCAUGUUUCUGAAGGUUUUUGUUGUGAUGUGAAAAAAAAAAAAAAGAAAAAUGCACCGGCUGCAUUUGAAAAGAGACGUUUUGUGUUUGUAUAAAGUUUCGUGGUUUUUCCGAAGCAGGGAGCAACGACUCACUCGAGGUCCCAGCGGGCUUUAAACGGACCGGGAGCUGUCGACUCUGCGUUUAAAGCCCGCCGAGGCCUCUAGCUCCUGAUAAUCAGUGUUAAAUCGGCGCUCUAGCUGCCGACAAGUCGAGCUGUUUGGUUCCUGCUAGUGUAGAAAAGUGCGCGUGGUUGUGCUGCCCCCUGCUGGUCGCUUCACAGACGUGAAUGAAAUAUCGUGUGGUUGAAUAAUGUGAACUGAGACUUUCUGUUAAAGCUUAGAUUAUAUCCUUUUUUAUUUUUCAUAUUAUUAAAACACUUUUUUUCCUCCUUUAUUUGUUUUAUUUAUGAACCUGUGUAGCCACAUUAUGUCCUCAUGCCAAUAUUUACUCUUAUUUUAUUGUUAUUUAAUUUUGUACUAGGUACAUAACACGCUUCAGUAGUCCUCAGAUAUUGGCUUGAUUGUUAUUAUUAUUUUUUAUAUACGUUUGUAUGAGACACUUAUUUUUCAAGGUUCAGAGUAUGAAGUUGAAGAUUUUUGACUGAUGUCUGCUUCGCCUUGACUGCUGUUGUGGUUUAUCGUGUACAUACUGUACGUUUCUUUAUUUUUCUCCUCCCUGUGUUCAUUCAUUUGUAUUUGGACUGUUAAAAUGGAAUAGAGGAACCGUUUAUACAUGAACUAGUUGUGUUGAAAAGGCAAAGUUAAUAAAAAUCAUGUUUAAAAUGAA